GUGCAUUGUUGAAGAAAAUGACAAGGAUGAUGCUCUACAAAUCCUAGAGCAAUGCCAAAGAAUUGAGCCAAAGAGGCUGCAGCUUUUAUUGAAUUAGACGAGGAUGAUGUCGAUGCAAUUGCAAUGUGAGCUACAGUCGGAUUCAUGAUUCCCUGUUAAUGGAACAUCUCAACUUGGGCAAUGCCUUCUGGACUCGGUGCAGGCCUUGAAGCUUCCCUAGCGCCUGUAAAAGAUGAGAUGCAUUCUGAUAGCCCAAAAAGCAGAGUCGAUGUGCCUUCUCCAUCGAGUCAUUGUGAGGGAUUGAUGCUAAUAAUGGCAAUCAAAAGACAAAAAUGCCGUCGUGUGCCUGAGGAUUUUGCAAACGGGCAAAGAAUCAUUGUUGAGCAAGACCAACAAAAGAAUAUAAGGGAUGAAGAUGCUUUUUGGAGCCCAAUAAUUGACGUUGCCGUUGAGCGAAUGGUGCAAGAACAACUGAAAAUUGCUUGCAAUGAUUACUACCUACUGUCCAUGAAUGCCACAACUGAUGCUCCCUAAGAAUGGCAAUCAUGUAUUGCGAGCAACGAUAAAAAUACCUUUGAUGAGUACUACCCACUUGCCACUGCCCAAGAAUGCUAUUACUGAUGAUGGUGCUUAAGAAUGAUGACGGUCCACCCCGAGCCACUGUCACUUGGAUGGCGUUUGAAGAAAUUGUCUUUGAUGAGUACUAUCCCAACUUGCCAUUGCCCAAGAAUGCUAUUACUGAUGAUGGUGCUCAAGAAUGAUGACGAUCCACCCCGAGCCACUGUCACUUGGAUGGUGUUUGAAGAAAUUGUGGAUUGUUUGCAGCGAUUAUUAAAUUAGCUGCAUGCAUUGGUCAUACUUUGAUGGCAUUGAAGAAUUGUGCGAACAAAGAGGGGAAAGUGGCUGCGAGCAUCUCCGCAAA